AUGUCAAUCUCAGUAGUCUCCCUCUGCCUAAUUCUUCUCACCUUCCUCACUACCCCACUUGUGCUCUGCUCUUCUAGGCCCAAAAUGGCGGUAUCAGCAUCAGCCUCAACAGAAGAAGCUCCAAAAAGACAUAUCGAUCCUCCGGCAAUGCUUGUUUCUGACUCCACCGAACUUGAUUCAUCCUCCUCCAUGGCCAAGAUUGAUGAUGAGCCUGCCACCAACUCUGCCAUAGCCGGUUUCUUCAGGUAUGGAUUCCCAUUUUUGGGCUGGCAUUUCCCAAUGGUUAAGCCUGCAAAUCCUUCUGUUCCUGCAACACCGGUGACUGGAGCUGAGGAAGCAGAAUCUGAGAAGGUGCCUUCUUCACCAAGCAACGAGAACAGAGACGGAGGUAAUGCGUGA